AUCUAACGAUGGCGUAAAGGAUCCGGAUGUUGUGACGUGGCCAAGGCUCGCUGUCAUUCGUUCGCACUUAGUCACCGGCAUACGCACACUGCCCCUCGGCUAUCGAGUACGUUAGAGGAGUCUUGGUGCUGCCACGAUGGAAGGAGGGGCUUGAUUUUGGAUAGAGGGAGCACCAGGGUGGUACGCAGACAUGUAUUUGGAGCAACGGUGCACUAAUGUUAGGCUUGCUGACCGGCACAGGACUCGAGCAUGUCACCCCUCGGUCUCUCAUGUCACACCAUUCCAUCAUUCAAGCGACUGUUCCUAGGAUUGAUGAGCAGAGGGGGCCAAUCUUACAUCAUCAGACUACGCUCCAGCGCUACCGAAGGUCUCUGGGGCUGCGCGAGUACAGAAACGGGCCCCAGCGACGCUACGCUGCGCGCAGAGGUUCUGAUUGCUGGAUAAGCAACAGUCCAUUCAGCCAAUGGCGUCUCCGUAUUCCGGUCACGAGACAGACCUCCCCUGAUAUGCACCGCGCGAUGGGUGUGCGAGAAGCGGCUGAAAUCAAGGCUACUCGACGCCGGUGACAGGAGCACUGGCGGCAAGAGCAAAUCGUGGGUCCGCUCGUGCAAAGAGGAAGAGAUGGGAAGGAUUUACUGGUAUAUGAAGAUGUUGAGAUUUCUUGGUCAUCCCGAGGCACCCAUGGUCGGCGAUGCUGACCAUCCCUCGGACUCGUUACCAAGCAUCCGCGAUGUAUUCCCUGACCAGUUCCCAGCACCCAGCGCACAGGCGGCUAGCAUCGAGAACCCCCAGAGCGGAACGCAACAGCCACCACCCGAGGCAGCGCCAUCCUCCGCCCAAGAAGAAGCCUAUGCAAAGCGCAAAUACGUAUGCGAAACCUGCCACAAACGAUUCCUCAGGCCAAGCAGUCUUCGAGCACAUCUUGUCGUUCAUACCGGGGAUAGACCAUACCCUUGUCCGUAUCCCGGGUGCACAAAACGCUUCACGUCCAAGUCUAAUAUGAAGCGCCACCGCCAGACCCACGGCUCCGCGGCAUCAGACGCUGCGCCCGCCGCUGGCCCCUCUACAGCGCCGGGCGCGCUGGACACCGUCGCGGCGCAGGCGUCGUCAUCGUCGUCCACGUCGCCGAGUGCCGGCCACUUUGGCGUGUUGAACCUCGACCAGCUGCAUCCGUCGCACUCGCCAGGCGCUGCUGGCCAGCAGCGAAAUACAAAUCCCUGAGCGCCGCCGUCGAGCGCGGUCGGGCUGUAUUGCGCGAACUGUUUCGUUCCUUUCCUUUCCUAAUUUUGUCGAAGUCGCCGUGUUACGUGUAGAAGCGCUUAUAAUUACGGGGCCCG